AUGUAUGUGCACAUGAAAUUCUUUAAUUCUAAAAAACUGUCAAUUUUAGUUGUAGGAAAAAGAAAAAAAAACCACAAAUUCAACAACAAAGCUACAACUUUCAAUAAAGAACAAUUCAACUCGAUUAAUCAUUUGUGUAAAAUACCAACAAUGCCUUACUACGGUGUAACAAGAGGUUUCAAUACAGGUGUAUAUACUAAUUGGCCAGCAUGUAAAGCUCAAGUGAAUGGGGCUAGUGGUGCAACUUUUAGAAAAUUUGAAACUAUAGACGAAGCUUGGCAUUUUGUUUUCCAUCAUUAUAUGAGACAAGGUACUUAUGGUGUAUUUCAAGUACAAGUAGUAUAUAUUGAUGGUGCAUGCAGAGGUAAUGGGAAUAAGUAUAAUUCAUCAGCUGGUUAUGGUGUCUUUUAUGGACGUAACAAUCCUCGAAAUGUUGCCAAUCCAUUAGAUCUUGUGGAUAGACAUAAUGACUAUAGACCAACCAAUCAAAGAGCUGAAUUGUAUGCAUUGUGUCAAGUUUUAGUAAACAUUGUUAAUGAUAUCAAUGCUGGAAAUUGUCGUUUGAAGACAGAAAUCCGUACUGAUUCAAUGUUUGUCAUUAAUAGUAUCACCACUUGGUGUUAUAAAUGGUGUAACAAUGGAUGGAUUAAUGCCAAAGGUGACACCGUCGCCAAUGUUGAUCUACUUCAAAAGAAUUUCAACUUGAUGAAGAGUAUUAAUAAAGAAUACGAAGACCGUGGUUGGGGAGAUAUUGAGUUCAUACAUGUUCGAGGACAUUCUGGAGAUUAUGGUAAUGAUGAAGCUGAUAGGUUGGCAAAUUUAGGAGCAGACAGAUAUGGUAAUUACAUAUAG